AUGUUCCGCAGGAGGCGCAAAUGUGAUGUCAUGCCCAUUGUUUUGGUGCGCCCAGCCAAUCGGACUCGCCGCCUGGAUUCUACCGGAGCCGGCAUGGGCCCUUCCUCGCACCAGCAGCAGCAGGAGUCCCCGCUCCCGACCAUAACGCAUUGCGCAGGGUGCACCACCGCCUGGUCCCCCUGCAGCUUUAAUAGCCCCGACAUGGAAACCCCACUGCAGUUUCCGCGCGGCUUCUUCCCCGAGCAGCCGCCGCCACCGCCGCGCGCCGCACACCUGCAUUGCCAGCCGCCGCCGCCGCCGCCGCCGAGCCAGGACAAGCCGUGCCCGCCCUUCGCGCCCCUCCCGCACGCACCCCACCACCCGCACCCCCUCGCGCACCAGCAGCCGGGGAGCGGCGGCAGCAGCCCAUGCCUCCGGUGCAACAGCUGCGCCUCCUCCGGUGCCCCCGGGGCGGGGGCGGGGGCGGGGGAUAACCUGUCCCUGCUGCUCCGCACCUCCUCUCCCGGCGGCGGCGGCGCCUUCCGGACCCGCACCUCCUCUCCGCUGUCGGGCUCAUCGUGCUGCUGCUGCUCGUCGUCGCGCCGGGGCAGCCAGCUCAAUGUGAGCGAGCUGACUCCGUCCAGCCAUGCCAGUGCGCUCCGGCAGCAGCAGCCCGCGCCCGCCUCCCACUACCACCAGUGCCACAGCCUGCAGCCCGCCGCCAGCCCCACGGGCAGCCUGGGCAGCCUGGGCUCCGGGCCCCCGCUCUCGCACCACCACCACCCCCACCACCACCCCCACUUGGCGCACCACCAGCACCACCAGCCCCAGGCGCGCCGCGAGAGCAACCCCUUCACCGAAAUAGCCAUGAGCAGCUGCAGGUACAACGGGGGCGUCAUGCGGCCGCUGAGCAACUUGAGCGCGUCCCGCCGGAACCUGCACGAGAUGGACUCGGAGGCGCAGCCCCUCCAGCCGCCCGCGGCCGUCGGAGGAGGUGGCGGUGGCGGCGGCGCGUCCUCUCCGUCCGCGGUCGCCGCCGCGGCAGCAGCUUCGUCCUCGGCCCCGGAGAUCGUGGUGUCCAAGCCGGAGCACAACAACUCCAACAACCUGGCGCUCUAUGGCACCGGCGGCGGCGGCAGCACGGGCGGCGGCGGCGGCAGCGGGCAUGGCAGCAGCAGCGGCACCAAGUCCAGCAAAAAGAAGAACCAGAACAUCGGCUACAAGCUGGGCCACCGGCGCGCCCUCUUCGAGAAGCGCAAGCGUCUCAGCGACUACGCGCUCAUCUUCGGCAUGUUCGGCAUCGUGGUCAUGGUCAUUGAGACCGAGCUGUCGUGGGGCGCCUACAACAAGGCGUCGCUGUAUUCCUUAGCUCUGAAAUGCCUUAUCAGUCUCUCCACGAUCAUCCUGCUCGGUCUGAUCAUCGUGUACCACGCCAGGGAAAUACAGUUGUUCAUGGUGGACAAUGGAGCAGAUGACUGGAGAAUAGCCAUGACUUAUGAGCGUAUUUUCUUCAUCUGCUUGGAAAUACUGGUGUGUGCUAUUCAUCCCAUACCUGGGAAUUAUACGUUCACAUGGACGGCCCGGCUUGCCUUCUCCUAUACCCCAUCCACAACCACCGCUGAUGUGGAUAUUAUUUUAUCUAUACCAAUGUUCUUAAGACUCUAUCUGAUUGCCAGAGUCAUGCUUUUACAUAGCAAACUUUUCACUGAUGCCUCCUCUAGAAGCAUUGGAGCACUAAAUAAGAUAAACUUCAAUACGCGUUUUGUUAUGAAGACUUUAAUGACUAUAUGCCCAGGAACUGUACUCUUGGUUUUUAGUAUCUCGUUAUGGAUAAUUGCCGCAUGGACUGUCCGAGCUUGUGAAAGGUACCAUGAUCAACAGGAUGUUACUAGCAACUUCCUUGGAGCAAUGUGGUUGAUAUCAAUAACUUUUCUCUCCAUUGGUUAUGGUGACAUGGUACCUAACACAUACUGUGGGAAAGGAGUCUGUUUGCUUACUGGAAUUAUGGGUGCUGGUUGCACAGCCCUGGUGGUAGCUGUAGUGGCAAGGAAGCUAGAACUUACCAAAGCAGAAAAGCACGUGCACAACUUCAUGAUGGAUACUCAGCUGACAAAAAGAGUGAAAAACGCAGCUGCCAAUGUACUCAGGGAAACAUGGCUAAUUUACAAAAAUACAAAGCUCGUAAAAAAGAUAGAUCAUGCAAAAGUAAGAAAACAUCAACGAAAAUUCUUGCAAGCUAUUCAUCAAUUAAGAAGUGUAAAAAUGGAGCAGAGGAAACUGAAUGACCAAGCAAAUACCUUGGUGGACCUGGCAAAGACCCAGAAUAUCAUGUAUGACAUGAUUUCGGACUUAAAUGAAAGGAGUGAAGACUUUGAGAAGAGGAUUGUUACCCUGGAAACAAAGUUAGAGACUUUGAUUGGUAGCAUCCACGCCCUUCCUGGGCUCAUCAGCCAGACCAUCAGACAGCAGCAGAGAGACUUCAUUGAGGCUCAGGUGGAGAACUACGACAAGCACGUCGCCUACAACGCCGAGCGGUCCGGGUCCUCGUCCAGGCGGCGGCGGUCCUCCUCCACAGCGCCACCAACUUCAUCCGAGAGUAGCUAG